AUGGCCGAUGAGUUCCGAAUGGAGAACGCGGUAUUGCAUGGAGUGGAACGCGGUACUGCAUGGAGUGGAACGCGGUCCAGCAUGGAGUGGAACGCGGUUCUGCAUGGAGUGGAACGCGGUCCAGCAUGGAGUGGAACGCGGUACUGCAUGGAGUGGAACGCGGUCAAGCAUGGAGUGGAACGCGGUACUGCAUGGAGUGGAACGCGGUCCAGCAUGGAGUGGAACGCGGUAUUGCAUGGAGUGGAACGCGGAUUAUGCCAGCAAUGCGCUGAUAACACCAGGUUUGGUCCAGGUGGAGAUAUGGAAAAUGGAAACUUGCAGGGACCCGGGGGGUUGACGAACACAGCAUUUGUGAGUAAAACGGAAGCAAUCGACUGUUGUGGAGUGCUUGACCGGUUUGAAGCAUAUGUGAGGAACUCCGGUACCUUGUACUACCAUAUUUGGCGGCCAAACAGCGCGGGAGAUUACACAAUCAUCGGGGAGUGGUCCCAAUCCUGCCAAUCUCAGAGUGACUGCGAUUAUAACGUGCCAAACAGCGAGGAGAUCACUGUAAUGUCUGGGGAUCUCUUUGGAUGGUGGAGCAGCUCGGAGAUGAUUGAAUACGAGAUCCGUUUGGAGACGUUCUACACGUAUCAGUCUACGGGGCUCACCAACGGAUCUACAGCGUCCUUAUCGAACUCUGUGAACUUUCGGGAAUACGCCUUCCGGAUCACAGUUGACGAUAAUCGUAAUCCGUUUUUCAACGAUCUGGCAAAUGACGGAUCGACCAGCACCGAUGUGCUUGAGACGACUGCUGUAAGCACUUCCAUAUGGCAGGUUGAUCCAGACGACAAUGACAUAAGUGACGUCACGAGCCUCACUGUUACCAUGGCUACCAACGCCUACUUCAGCUUCGAUCCCAGCACAAACGACGUGUCGGUGUCUAGUUCUCUGUUCACCGCGCCAUCGCCCCAGGUAUUGUCAUUCACCGUUGUAGACCAGUGUGGCAACACAGAGACCAGGGUACUCAACGUCAACAUAAUCAACUUCCCUCCGUUCAUAGAAAAUCUCCCCAACGCCACAAGCAUCCUAGAGAUAACUGAGACGUCGACGUACCUGUACACCGUUAACGUGACGUCAUCAGAUGUGGUGACGUGCAUUAUAGACCAGGUCAACCCGAACAGCGGCGAUUUCAACAUCAUCCAGGCGGGAGGAACGUCUACAUACUGGGAUAUAUCCACGAUAAGUGGCUGUUACUUUGACUACGGUACGGCCCAGGCGCACGUGCUCACGAUCAAGUGCUCGGACACGAGUGGAGACUCCGAUGAGCAGACGUUUACUGUCAACCUGAUACCCAACCAGCCACCGGUGAUCAACAACCUGGCCAACUCGACGGAACUUCACGAAGAUACGGACACAGAGUCGUUCCUCUACAGGCUGGACGUCACCGACGCCGACAGCCUGUCCGUCACGUGCAGCUUAACGGCGACGUCAACCGAGUUCCGUGUACGUCAGGUUACCGGGAGUACAGACUGGGGCGUCUACAGCUUGGCAGGGGCGGCGUUUGACUACAACUCAGUCAAUUACUACGACAUUGGGAUCGAGUGUACGGACGGGCGGGACGCCGACACCGGCAUUUACACAGUCUACCUCAUCCGAAACGAUCCGCCACAACUUACAAAUGUGCCCGCAAACGUAUCGCUGUCGACGUCGGCGCCUAUCGGGUACACGGUGUAUGAGCUGACGUCAUAUGACGCUUCUGGGCCAGGGGGCCGUAUGGACCAACUGACGUAUUCCAUCUCCUGCAACCCGUCGGGGUGCCCAUUCACAAUACUCGCUUCAGGACAUCUGGAAUUGGACUCAUCGAUCUCUGACCUCAGCCUGGUCGGAUAUGACGUCACCGUCACCGUGUGUGACCACCGGAACUGCGGCAUUAACCGGAUACUUACGGUCACCAUUGUCGACAUCAACGAUCUACCUGAUAUUACCAAUUUGAACCAGGCGUUCAACGUCGCUGAGAACACUGACGUCGGAGAGACCGUCGUUAAAACCGCGUGCACGGAUUUUGACGUUCCUGAAGACACGUUGACGCUCAGUAUGACGUGUGUGCCUGCAAGCGGGACUUCUCUCUUUAGAAUUGAUUCAACAACUGGCGAAAUUACGGUGUCUGCCGUUAUUAAUUAUGAAACUUUGACGUCAACGUCAUUUACGUGUGUCGUGACAUGCUCUGACGGACAGGCGACGGACACGGCGACUCUGAAUCUUGACAUCACUGAUGUUAACGAAGCACCGACGUUUACGCAGAAUGCGUACAGCAUAUACGCGGAUGAAGGACCGGGCGGUACGGAGCUCCAGGCGUCACCACCCCAAGUGAACGACCAAGACUCGGACGAAAUACAAACCUUCACACUGGACUGCGGGAAUGACACUGGUUACUUCUACAUAAACGGUAACACGGGGCUGGUCAGUUUCGCGACUGACUAUGACGUUGAUCCGGCUGGAGGGCGGCCAACGUACGUCACGUGUUCCUUGGGCGUCACCGACAAGGGCGCCCUCACCGACACCGCCAGUCUAAGCAUAACAAUCAACAAUAUCAACGACAAUACGCCCGUGUUCCUCCCGGCGUCCUACGCGUACUUUGCAGACUGGAAUGCACCAACCAGCACGGCCGCCCUUUCGCCCGCCGACCCCGUCUCCGCCGUCGACGGCGAUCUAGGUGAUUACGGCACUCUUACGUACAGCCUAGACCAGUCGAGUUUAGGCAACCAGUACUUCGGAAUCACUCAGAGUGGAACCAUAUUCGUCGUUAAGUCCAUCCAGUCACUCGGAUAUGGUGGAUCAGCCACGUUUAACGUGAUAGCAACUGAUGGUGGCGGCUUGGAAACACGCGCUAACGUCACCGUGGCUGUCAUGGCGACCACAACCACAUCCACCACUUCCACAACUGACAGGUUUGUGACGUUUUUCGAAGACGAUGGGAACCUCACGUGGUUUCCACUAGCCAUGGUGAUACUUCUGGUGGUCGUUGUCACUGUCGUCUACAUGGUGUGUACGUACUGGGGCCGGGGCGGCGAGGCAACAUCCAGGAUUGCAUGUCGAUGCUGCAAAAUUGAGAGAGUGCCUAAGGAGCCUAAGAAAUCCUACAACCUAUCUCCCAGACGCGACUUUCCUAAAGAAUUAAGCAAUGGAACUGGUUUGUCUUCGAAUCGUGAUCUUACGAUCAAUUCCACCAAGUCAGCAAGCCCGUCUACUGAUCUAGACCCUCAGCCUAAAAAGGAGAACAGAGGCGCUGUCAAACCACUCAGAUUUUUGCAUCACCCACACUCCACGAAAGCCAGCCAUUCACAAUCAAAUUCACCGCAACACUUACGAUCCACAUCUCAGCACUCACACUCAAGGUCAGAAAAACGAUCACAAUCAAGGUCACCACAAUCCAGGGCAUCACAGCACUCACAUUCAAAAUCUUCACACAAAUUGCGGUCGAUGUCAACACACCACUCGCAGUACAAGUCAAGCACUACUCUCAGUAGCAAAUCACUUGCCAGGACAUCUUCAACGUCUGCCUUAGGACGGUCACGAUUACGAUCAUUCGAUAAUGCCACACGCAGUCCACUUUACUCACAACACUUUGUAGUGUUCUCAACACCAAAGGAAGGAAGCAGCCAGCAGAAUGAACGUGAUAUAUUUCCUUUGCCAACUGGAGAGUUUCAGAAGCGUGUCCUCAUGCUACUCAGCGAUAUCCAGCAUGAGUUGGCCGAACUGAAGCGGCAGUUGGUCCCAAAUAGCCAGUCUGUCGAUUCGCUGGAAGUAGACAUCUGGCCAGCAGAAACUUUGGACGACUUCCAUCAGUUAGAUGACAAGUGUUCAAACACACAGGAAAGGAAAAAAACUGGUAUUGUUCAGGUAUUGUCGAAGAUUGGUGGUGUGGAUGCCAAGGACAAUGUCAAGAAAAUCAUGGAAAGGUUGAUGAGCAAUCGCCUGAUAGCCCUCUUCAGCAUGAAGGGCAGGUCCACCAAGAAUGGAGAGCCGAGGAAGCUGGGUGUCCAAACCUCUUCAGUUUACGAAGUAGUCAAGGCCAGUGCCUUCAACACCUACAUGAAGGAGGGCUUAACAGACCAGCACAUUUAUAAAUACACUGGAGAUACACUGAAAUAUGUUCCCGAUCGUCACGGUGGAGGCGGUAGAAAAUUAACAUAUAUACAGUGA